AUAGAAAACAGUUAUCACCGGUUAAGACAAGUGUGCAUUGACAUGGCAGCUUCCAUCCAGAAUAGUCUGAAAGUGGCGCUGAGGAAGCGCAUGAAGCAGCUUCUCGGUUGCAUAACACCCGAGUCUCGAGCUAAGCAAUCUCAAGCUGUCACCGCAAAGGUGCUGCAGAAUGAGGCAUUCCGUCAGGCGCAGCGUGUCAGCAUCUAUUUGAGCACCAGCGAUGAACUGGACACCACGGCAAUAAUCUGUGAGAUGCUUCGUCUGGAGAAGAUUGUAUUUGUGCCCAGUUACCAGGGCACAAAAAUGAAGAUGGUGCGACUGCGCGACAUCACCGAUUAUGAUAAUUUGCCAAUGACCAAGUGGAACAUCAAGCAGCCAGACUUUAAGGAGAGUCGCGAGGAUGCCAUGACGAAUGGACAUGGUAUUGAUCUAUUCAUUGUGCCCGGCGUGGCAUUCACACGAAGCGGCAAUCGCAUGGGACACGGCAUGGGUUACUAUGACAAAUACUUGACUCAGCAUGCGGAGAAGUAUCCACAUAAGAAGAUCACCAUUAUGGCGCUGGCACUCAACGAACAGAUCGUUCCCACCGAGGAGCUGCCCAUGGAUGAGCACGAUGUGCGCUUGCAAUUUGUUGUUACAGAGAAUUCUUAAAUUUAUUUACGAAUACAUACAAAUUGUAUAAAUUGUAAUAUA